AUGUAUUUGAAAAAAGACACUAAGGAUGAGGCUAACUAUAAAAGACUUCACAACAGAUAUAGCUCACCAAAUGAAGCUUAACCAUAUGCUUUAGUUACAGGAGGCUCGGAAGGAAUCGGCAAAGAGUUUGCUUUAGAAUUAGCAAGAAGUGGUUUUAAUCUCCUACUGGUCUCAAGAUCUUAGGAGAAACUUGAUAAAACUAAGAAAACUAUCUUAGAAUAGAGUCCAUAAAUUGCUGUUGAAACUGCUACAUUUGAUUUCUCAAAUUUCAAUCCAGAGCAAGUUAAAGAUUUGUAUAAGAAUCUUGUGAUUGAUUAGUCCAGAAAUCUAAGAAUACUCUUGAAUAAUGUAGGAGUACUUGGGAGUAAAAGGCUCUUAGAAGAAGACCCUUAGAUGCUUCAAAACAUGAUAGUUGUUAAUAUAUUCGCUCAAACAUUUAUGACCAAGUACUAUCAUUUGUAUAUUAAAGAAAGAGAUUCCAAGUUACCUUACAAUUUGAGUGCUGAAGCAGAGCGCAAAAGAUAUGGAGAGAUUCAUCUCUCUUCAUUCAUAUCUGAAAGAAGUUCUGAGCUAAGAUAUAUUGACUAUGAAAUUGUCAAGCCUUCUUUAGUUAAGACAUACAUGACAGGGUUUAAAGAGCAUUGGAGAGCUGUAGAUCCUUAUGAGGUACCAUAUGGAGUAUUUAGAGCUCUCGGUCAAUAAAGAGAAGCUUAUGGAGCUUUUAAGCAUAUUUGCUGGGGAACAAUUACAAAGUACGAACCCCAUCCAGUGAGAGUGCAAAGGCUUUAAUAUGAUGGAAGAUAAAAAAAUUGA